GUAAAGCAAAUAUCAACAUAAUAGCCCAUACCUUGUGUUAGAUGUAGAGGUCGUCUCAAGCACAUUUACUAGGUUUCCGCACGGCCCAAGUACGUGCUAUUGUGGGUGUGCCUGCGUGCAAGAACGCCUUCAAGUGCUUGGCGCUAGAUGCCCGCAUCGCCGCCAAAUAACAAACCGACGCACCUCGCACAAUGAGUGAACCGAAAGCACUCGAUGGCCGAAAAGGGCCGGACGAGGCAAAAGGUAAACAGUACACUGCGGGUGCAGCCUUUUCCAACAUCGCCGACGAUGGAUUGCUAACGGGACCGGCGGUAAAAACGGCAACACAAACCGACGACGCCGUCCUACUGAGCGACGAGGAGAACAAAACGUUGAUCACGUUAGAACCCCCGAAGAAAACUCGGGAUGAAAAAAUCGCGGGUCUGCCCGCUGGGAAGCCCGCCGCCCGGGACGACGCAAGAAAUUUGGUGCCCGGAGCCGUUGGGAAAACGUCAACAAAUCUGAUUCAGCCGAAAAAGGUGCCAGGUAAACCUAUUGUCACCACACGCGAUUUGCUAAAGACGCUGAAAGAGCAAACGAUAUCAUCAAAACCACCGCCAGCGGAACUACCUUCAAAGGAAAGCCUUUUGCAAAAGAUGCGCAAUAGGCUAAGUAAACAGAUAGAAAUAAAAUCUACAAGUACUGCUACUCCGGUCACUCCUCGUAAGCCGUUGGACACGAGCGGUGCAAUAGAAAUACCACAAGAUCUCAUACUGAGCAGUGAAAUACCACCCACGCCGAUUCCGUCGAUAGAAACGAAGGAAACCAAACUGGAGGAGCAUGAUCUUAUCGCAAUACUGGAAGGCAACGAUGUUGAAAUACGCGAAAACGCAACGGAAAUAGAAGUUUGUGUCGGUACCAAUAGUUCAGGGGAGGGGGUAGAAGAAAUGGAAAUAUUCAUUCUUGAUCAGGAUGAUAUGGAAAAGGCAAAGAAGGAACGCGAGAAGGAGAUCGCUCGGCGUCAAAUGGAGAGUCUACCUACGUUCCCGAAAAAUAAACGUCGUACCAAGGCGUCGAAUGUAAAGACAACCACCAAAACGCCGACCGAUGACGAAUUACCCGCUUCUGACCCACUGGAAGUGACAAAACUGCCUGUGCAAAGCGUACCAGCGAUACCGAAGGUACCGACAGCGGUGACGAUUAAAGGGCAAACAACCAUUAGACCAAUCGGUGGGAAAUCGCUAACCAACGCAAUGCUGGUUAAAGAAGAACCGCGUGAAAAUAGUCCCACGGCUAAAGGGGCGAUAAAGAUUGCCAAAGAUUCCACCAGGCCAACGACGAUUGCAGAACCGAAAGAAAAGACAUCGCCAGCGCCAAAACUGAAAUCACCACCAACCACCAGCAGCCCACAAACACCGAACAAGAGUUCGGAGCUUGUAGAUGCCCUUGUGUCGGACUGGGAUGACGAACCGCAAGCAGAUGCUGGAGCGACAGAAAAACGUAAUAUUGGAGAGAUUUCUAAACCAUCCACAGGCUCGAUCGCUAAGGCCGACGGCGGUGUCCUGGAGGAAGGUAACUUUGCUACACCAUCCCUACCACACGUGACAGAACAGCGCCGUGUUAUCAAGAAAAAAAUCAUUUGGGAUCCAUCGGACGCGACGAUACCCUUUGCCGCACUGGUCAAAUCCAAUCGCGGUAACGUUCCCGUCCCCGUUUCCGCGCAGGGAAAUCCUCCCUUAGCAACCAUGCGCCGUAAGCGUGCCGAUUCCGUUGCAGUGCGCAUGUUCAAUGACGGCCCUCCAAAGUCGGUUCAGAAACGAGCUCUUACUCCGGAACCGGUUCGGCCGUCACCGGCGAGGGAAAACAACAAUACCACCACCGCCCCCAACACGACGACGAUGCUCGACGCCAAAGCGAAAAAGCGAAAAAAGAACGAAAUCGAACGGCUGCUGGCGGACGAGGGCGCCAUCAAUAUGCUGUAUGAUGUCGAGUGUGAAGCGAACCAGAAGGACUUGCUGAAAACAACCGCCGUCGAUACGAGCGACGAAGAUGAGAAGCUGCUCGCCAAAACGAAAAUUAUCACCGACGCCGUCAUCAACCAAGGCAAAUCACCGACGGAUGGAACAAACCAGCAGGGUUUGAGGGUGCGUCCGAAACGUGCACCAACCCCUUCGAACCAGCAAACACCAAUAACGAGCGUUAGUGGCGGUGCUUCUGAUACGGGUUUGCCGCAGAAGCCCGACGCGAGUGCGGUUGGCUCUCAGGUGUCUACGAAAAAGAUCAAUCAGAGUCCAGUGGGAGCUGCUGCUCACCCAGCCACCGGGGGUCGGAAGCGUAAGAACGCAUCUACGCUGAAAGACUGGGACUACGUGUACAAUGCACAAGGAGGAGACGAUGCGAUGAUUAUCCGGCGACGCUCGAACAGCUCGUACUCGAGCUCGUGCGCCAGUCCGCGGCGUUUGAGCAUCGACCAGUCAGCGUAUGAGUCGCCAAACGCGAUGGUGGCUUCCGGCACGACAAAACCAUCCGAUGAUGAUGAUCAUCAGGCAAAGGAAGAUGAUAGUUUCCUAUUUGCAAAGCCUACACCGAAGCCAGUCACCAACCCGGGGACGGGGAAUGAAAUGAAGGUCGACCCAUCACUGUUGGCCAACAUGAGAGGAAAACUGUCGAAGGCAUUGAAGAACAUCCGCGACCCGUUGGAAAUGAGUGACAAAAAGCAUAGUUCCCCACCGAACAACACCACCGGCGGGAACAAUGCGGCGAAACAAACGCAAGCGAAGAGAAGGGCCGGCGCUAAGGGAACGCCCGCGAUGUCGCUAGAUGAGGUGGACUUUGGUGGGGAAUACGUGGUGAGUGCCACCGGGGAGCUUAUUAAACAGGAAAACGACGACCUUCACGAGGCCACCAAGCGACGCCUCAAUGACAUGAAACAAGUGUCCUGGCAACGCUAUGGUGCGUAUGUGGAAAUCUUGCUGAAAACAAAGGGGAUAGUUACGAGUGGCGGUGGUGAUAACAUGACUGCCCUGAAGGACGUUUUUUCGAUGCAGGCAAUGAACGAGCUUUCCGAAGUAUUCACGCUGCUGGAAAAGGAAUCGCGCGUUGCGGCCGUACUGUUAAUGUCCUCCGGUGAACACUUCAGCCGCGGUUUAGAUGUGGGCCACCUGCUACAACCGGUACAUAAACGAAAAGUGAAUGCCGAAGAAAUGGGGGAAUGUUUGAAGUCGUUUUUAAAGUCGUUGAUCUCCUUCUCCAAACCGAUCGUGGCCGCGGUGCACGGCGAUGUGCUCGGGAUGGGCGUUACAAUACUGCCCAUAUUUGAUAUCGUGCUAGCGCAGACCGGCAGUACCUUCAUGACACCGUACGGCCAUUUUGGCUAUCUACCGGAGGCGCUAAAGGCGUUCACCAGCUGCCGUACGCUGAAACCGAAGGCCCUGACCGAUUUAAUCCUGCAAGGGAAGCGCAUUUCUUCCGUUGUUGCUCUAGACUAUGGUCUCGUGACGGAUGUUGCUCCGUCGGAUCGCUUCCACGAGCGUGCGCGUGCGCUAACGGUGAAGAUGUCCUCGCAAUCCACUCAGGCAAUUCAAUCGAUCAAACAACAUUUGCGUCGGGAAUUCCUGGCCAAACUAGACUUUGUGCUGACUUUGGAGCAAAAGAAGCAGACUCAACAGUGGACCACACCUGAAUGCCAGCAGAAAUUCAAGCUGUUUAUCAACAAGGGAGGAGAACUGGGACGGAUUGCGUAGGAAACUAGCAUUCAAUUUGGUAGAUAACACUGCUGCAACUACAUUAAGCAAUUCUAGCGGUUCUAGGAAUUUUUAAAAUGCCUUUUUAGUAACAUUUAGGAUGUGUGUAGAUCGUUUUACAUCAAACUUUGCAAAUGAGAGACGUUCGUAAUCAUUUUUCAUCGAGAUCACCUGGAGGCGAAGAGGUCGUGAGAGAACCGGUUAUUUAUUGUAAUAUUUUACAAUAAUCUCAAAUCAUUAUCUACACUUUCCGACAAUCGUUGUUAUUUGAGCAGACAUACUAUCUGAUAGUGCUUUCUUUCGUAUGAUCAAAUUUAUAUCAUUAUAUAUGAGCAAAGUGUAGGCACAACCACACCACCAAUCGUUUAUUGUUCAUGAUGUUUUAAUUAUCGUUAGAAGUUUGCAAUAUGGAAAUGCAAAUGCAAGUGACAUCCACGAUUAGCAAUAGUGUGUAAGUAGGGAUUGCUUCAAUUGCUAAAUAAUUUGAUUUAUUUUGGGUGGCGAUAAAAAACGUCUCCCUCAUACCUUUGAUUCUUCUGUUAUCCAACAUUAUCUACAGUGAGCUUAUAUUUGCAAUAUUAGCUUAAAAUGGAAGGUAGUUUUAAGAAAUUUCUACAAAAGGCUAUCUUGAAGAAAUGUAAACGUGAAAGGUACAAAUAUAUAUUUUUCUAACUUUAUAGUUCUAACCAAAUAGUUAUCUGAAGUUUUUAUCAAUUUUUUAAGAAAGAAAGGUUUAGGAAUUCUUAAUCUUUGUCUGCCAGAGUUUACACCAGUACGAAUU